AGGUGUUGCUGGUGCCGUCUCUCGAACAAGCACUGCCCCUUUGGAUCGUCUGAAAGUCAUGAUGCAGGUCCAUGGUUCAAAAUCAGAGAAAAUGAACAUAUAUGGCGGCUUUCGACAGAUGGUGAAAGAGGGAGGUAUCCGCUCACUUUGGAGAGGAAAUGGUACAAAUGUCAUUAAAAUUGCUCCUGAGACAGCUGUUAAGUUCUGGGCAUAUGAACAGUACAAGAAGUUGCUUACUGAGGAAGGACAAAAAGUAGGAACCUUUGAGAGAUUCGUUUCUGGUUCCAUGGCUGGAGCAACUGCACAGACACUUAUUUAUCCUAUGGAGGUUCUGAAAACCAGGCUCGCUGUAGGCAAAACUGGACAAUACUCUGGGAUGUUUGAUUGUGCCAAGAAGAUUUUGAAACAUGAAGGCAUGGGAGCUUUUUACAAAGGUUACGUUCCCAAUUUAUUAGGCAUCAUACCUUAUGCAGGUAUAGAUCUUGCUGUGUAUGAGCUCUUGAAGUCCCAUUGGCUAGAUAAUUUUGCCAAAGACUCUGUAAACCCUGGAGUCGUGGUGCUGCUGGGAUGUGGUGCCUUAUCCAGCACCUGUGGUCAGCUGGCCAGCUACCCCUUGGCUUUGGUGAGAACACGCAUGCAGGCUCAAGCCAUGGUAGAAGGAACCGCACAGCUGAACAUGUUUGGGCUCUUUCGACGAAUAAUUUCUAAGGAAGGAAUACCAGGACUUUACAGAGGCAUCACCCCAAACUUUAUGAAGGUGCUUCCUGCUGUAGGCAUCAGUUAUGUGGUUUAUGAAAAGAUGAGACAAACUUUAGGAGUAACUCAGAAGUGAUAUGCUGAAUUUUUUGCUUUAGCAUAAUUAUUGAAACUUUCAACCAUCUCCAGAGUGACCUUUUCUCCUAGAGCUGCAACAAGUCCAUGGCAAAAAGAAGCUGUAUUUUUUUUUCACAAAAGGGAAGAGCAAAUCAUUGGUAACUUCAAACAUUUGGACUCAAUUUUAUACAUUCAGAAAUGCUAAAAAUCAUUGUCUUGAUAAGCUCAUACAGUCUUGAAAAGGCAAUAAAAUUAUAUUUUUUCUUAUUAAAAAAAAAAAA